AUUAUUUCUAGAUUUUACUAUGAUGUGGUAUCUUUUGAUUUUAUAUGAAGAGAGUGUAUGAUAUUAAGGAUAAAUUAAAUUAAUGGAAUAAUAGAUAGUGUUUAAGGAAGAAGCAAGAAAGGCCUUUUUAGAUGGUGAUGGAAAUGUUGACUUUGGAAAAGUUUAAGCAAGAUGGAAUGAAUUAGCAAAAGUAAAGGUGAGUUUAGGAAAUAAGUAUUUUACACCAGAAGUAGUUGAAUAAGUUAAGAAAUUAUCAGGAGCUGAUUAACAACGUUUCUUAGAUAUUAUGAUGGGUGGAUUAGCUAAUGAUGAUAGUUCAGUUGGAGUAUAUGCUACAAGACCUGAAGAUUAUGAUGUUUUUUCCUUUUAUUUAUAACCAUUAAUUAGAGAUUAUCAUAAAAUAGAAGGAGAAACCAAAUAAGAGCAUGAUUGGAAUAUCCCAGUUGAUGAAUAUGUUUUAACUAAAAUUGAUCCAAAAUUAGAAAAAGUAUCAAUGAGAGCAAGAGUUGCAAGAAAUGUUAAAGGAUGGAAUUUACCACCUUUAAUGAGUAAAGAAGAAAGAAUUAAUUUUGAAAAUAAAAUGGUUGAAGCAUUUGAAAACUUUGGAAUAAAAGGAAAAUAUCAUAGUUUGACACCUGGACAUAAAAAUUAAAUAACAUAAGAAUAAGCUGAUGAAUUAAUUAAGAGACAUUUCUUAUUUAAUGAUAUGACAACAGAUAAUCAUUUAACAUCAUCAGGUGUUGCAUCUGAUUGGCCAUUUGGUAGAGGUAUUUGGAUUAGUGAAGAUGAAACUAAAAUGAUAUGGGUUGGUGAAGAAGAUUAAUUAAGAAUAAUAUCUAUAGUUUAAGGAAAUGAUCUUGGUAAAGUUGAUUAAUCAUUAUAUUAAUUACUUACAGGUAUUGAGAAGAGUGGACUUGAAUUUGCAGAACAUCCAACUUAUGGUGUUGUAACAACUUGUCCAACAAAUAUGGGAACAGGAAAGAGAUAAUCUAUUCUUGGAAAAUUCCCAAAUAUUACAAAUGGUGGAAAAGAUGAAAAAAAAUUAAAAGAUAUUGCUAGAUAAUUUGGAUUAUAAGCUAGAGGAAUGGGAGGUGAACAUUCCGCUAUGGAUCAUGAAGGAACAGCUGAUAUUUCACCAUCUGCCAGAUUUGGUGUCACUGAAGCUGUUGUUACAAGAAGACUUUAUGAAGGACUUAUUAAACUUUAUGAAAUUGAAGCUUAAGCUGGAAAAGAAUAAUAAUAAUAAGCAUGAGUAUUAUUUCAUCAAUCAAAUAAACACAAAUCAACUUUCU